AUGGAUCUAGUGGCCGACAUUGGUGCUACUAACGCUCGUUUUCAAUGCCUGGAGAAGGAUCAGUUGGUGGGUGAUGUUGUGACCCUGCCUACUGUCGAUUUUGCUGAUGGCGCAGAUCUGUUAAGACAUGCCGCAGAAGUGUUGGGGCAGAAGCGCUUUGACGCUGCUCUGCUGGGGAUUGCGGGACCCAUUGCGCUCGGUGGGGACCACAUGGAAGUGACCAAUACCGGCCUGCAGAUUGGCCAGCAGUCUGCCGCGUCGGUCUUAGGCUGCACACCCUAUCUGGUGAACGAUUUUUUUGCCCUGGCCCACGGGGUGCCGCACUUCAGUGCAUUUGAGCAGAUGGGUGGCGGCGCAGUGCUGCCGCUGACAAAGGCUGUCCUGGGGCCCGGCACGGGUUUGGGUAUGGCAACAUUGGUUCCUCUCGCAUCGCAUGCUGAUCCUCAGGCAUGGCAGAUUCUUGCUUCCGAGGGUGGCCAUGCAGAUCUUGCACCGGGUAGUCAUCUGGAAGUGGAGUUGUGGGGGCGCCUAGCCACCAGUCACAGUCCGGUUUGCUGGGAGACUGUGUUGAGCGGCCGUGGAUUGGGCAACCUUUAUGAAGCAAUGUCUGCGGUGUGGGGUGUGCCUGCAAAAGAUCUGACUCCGGGGGAGAUUCUUUCUUUGGGAGACAAUAUGCAGGAUCCCGUCUGUCACCAGACGCUGGAAACGUUCUGUGCAUUGUUGGGUUCGGCGGCGGGUAAUCUCGCUUUGAUUGUAGGAGCAACCGGUGGGGUUUAUCUGGCCGGCGGGAUUCUGCCCCGUAUGUUGGAUUUUGUGCGUAGCAGCCCGCUGCGACGGCGGUUCGAAGAGCGGGGUGAUUUAAGUGCCUAUGUACAACAGAUUCCGCUGCUGGUGGUGACUGAACCGGAGCCUGGCAUCCUAGGCGCCGCCCACUGUCUCAGAGCCUUAUCAAAAUGA